AUGAGCGAUGACCGGGUUCACGAGUUCAGGAAAGUGUGCAGCCUUCUGGACGAUACACUCAAGCACACCUUCUACCCCAAAGUCAGAUAUGAUACCGCCGUAUCUUACGAAUUGAUGAUGGCAGGUCCAAGUCCGCAUCGAUUUAAACCCUGUGUGCUGGUCGUGUGCUGUGACGAGACACAGAAGAAACAACUCAAAAAGAUCAUCAAAGGGCUCAAGUGGACCAAAGACUACAGCUUCUUUUGGCGAGUCAUCGUUGACCCCGUUCAGAAGUUUGCAAGAGAGAUCAGCCGAGAAAAGGCAACCCUGCCAAGGAGAUGUGAAAUGGAACAGUCUAGUCUAAUACCAGAUCAAAAUCUCAGCGUUGAUGGCGAUGGGAGCCAAAGAGUGGCAGAACAAGCAAGGAUUACUGUCACCGCAUCAGUGGUCGAUGGUGGGUUGGUUGGAGCUGUUGCCAUGUCGCGAGAACCACCGGCUUCUUUCACCAUCGGUGGUGUUGUGCUAAUUGGGGAAACAACCUUUGCUAUGACGACUAGCCACUCUUUGAAACCCCCCAAGAGGAUUAUUAGGGUCAACCUUGUGGAUGAGGAUCCGAUUGAGGAAGUAGCGUGCGAGAGUGACUCGGACCUUGAGUCACCGUUCGACUUUUCUGAUGACAGCACAGUUCACUCCAUUAACCCAGAGAAUGUUGUCGCCAUUUCGGCCUUAGAGUCGAUUCAGAACGAACAACCAACUAGCUCUCAUGGGACGACAUUGGUUCUUGGAUCAAGUUGUAUUCUCUCGCCCAAUGACAGUCCAAUGGACUGGGCCUUGAUAGAGCUGAUGGAUGAAGCUGUGCAUCAGUGGCGCUCCAACACAAUGAUUGACUCCAAACACGAUUUUCAAAUGGAGAUCAAGUCAGUCAUUGGACCGUCAGAUAGCUGUCAAGGUGAUGUUUGGAUCAAAGGAGGAGUUACCGGACUAGUCAAGGGAACAUUUCACCACAACUCUAGUUAUCUUCACCUGGGUGGCCAUACCGUCGAAGUUUGCCAAAUAAUGCCAGACAGGCCCAUGGCUGCCGGAGACUCAGGAUCCUGGGUGAUCCAGAAUGGAAAGCUCUGCGGCCACAUCAUUGCCGGGCGUCAGCGUACCCCCUGGGUCUAUAUGAUACGGGCAGACAAGAUUUUCGACGAUAUCAGUUCGUGCGUUGGGGCUAGGCAAGUUUGUCUUCCUGAUACAUCCCAGAAAAGACCACACAUCGGCAAGACAGACACUCCUCAGCAGUCUGACUGCAGUCGGGUCUGGCCCGGAGCAGCCUCAAUUCCACAAAUCACUGCUCCACUAUCACAAACCAACUGGCCACCCCCAGCAACUGCGACGACUCUGGAUGGCGCAACUCUGCAUCCUCUAAAAUCCAUGUCCGGAUUUGAUCGCGCCCGGAACACUUCGGAGAUUUCUGAUCGGCGAGACGCAGCUCAGUUACUACGAGUUCUAGACAACCACCACGCUCAGUAUCUCUCCACACUCAGGGCUCUGUAUGAGAAACUCAGCACUAGCCAAGUUACCAAUGGUCUUGGUGAUCAUCAAGAGACUGCCAACCCUGGUCGGCGACUGUCUUCAUCCGCAGAAGUCAGAGUACUGAACUCCCAAGCGAAAUCUCCAAUGGUGAGGGAAAUUUCGGCGUACGGAGCACCACUCCCGUCAGUCUCUUGGAAGCUUGAAUCACUAGGCGAGUUAUCGCGUCGACAUGACCUCCUCUCCAAUGCCGAAGAUAGCGAAGGGGACUCUCCUUUUAUACCAUUACUGCCACCAAACAGUAAAAGUCAGGUCAAUUCAGCCGACGAUACAGUGCUCAUCAAGGCCUCAUUGCCUCCGCACUCGUACACUGUAAAUGACUUGUCAUUAUAUGUCCGAUUUUUGACACCACCAGCCACGACGACUGUCGUACUUGGAUAUAUCUGGGAUCGUCGCGAUGAUCUAAAGCACACAGACAUCUUUGAUGUCUCGGAUAUGAUCGGGCCAUAUCCACUCAACGCGUUUGAAGUGUAUGAUUUCGCUGGAAAUGGAAGUCUUGUUGGGCAACACUAUGGUGGAUCCCAGAACGAGAACGGUAUUCGACUCCUACCACUUGUAGGCCAUGAUGGAUGGGUGGAAAGAUUGUGGAACUGCCUGAUGACCUUCGGCAACGCUGAUGGGGCCGUGGCGGGAAGAUCAAUCAUCCUUAGCCAGCCUUCUCCACCAGUGCUUGCCAUAGCGCACCUUGGCUUGUCUCUGUACUUUGACAUGGAUGAGAUCUAUCAAUUCCUUGCUACCGCAGGGAUGACUCAGCACUGUAUGAAACGGGCCAUGAAUCAAUCGUCGCUCCGACAGCGAAGCUUCCUCUUCAUAUUCAAGUACUACACCCUCAUCGGAGAAGGCCUGUCACCACUUCCCUGGCAGCGAGCCACGACAAGCAAACGAGAUGACAAGUGGAGGCACAGUCUCGAUAUCGCCGAAUGCACUUCAGUUCUAGGACUCUCACUAAUAGGCCGUCCAACGCGUGAAGUUCAGAGACGGACAAAGGAGGGUGCAAUUGAGCACGGUCAAUUAUUUGACCCUUUUUCACCGUGGUAUCUUCUGAAUAUCCGUUGUUUCCCUGACGAUCACUCUGUCAAGCGCCGAGGACAGGAGAUGCUCAAUGGGCCCAUGGCCUUUGUGACCGCGCUCGCUACCGAGUAUGGAGAGGCUGUCACGAGAUUAACAUCACUAGCGGAUGCUAUCAAACGAUUGAUCACGCCUCCUAGCGAAUUCCUCUUUGAUGUCAAACUACAGGAUCGUCUACUGUUUGAGAACAAAGACCUUUCCUACAUCCGUCGGUACCUCUGGGCUUACGAAACCCUGGGGAUUCUGAACGACAACAUAGAUGCCAUGGCCAAGGCGUACAAAGACGCCUUCACGGAAGAUUUCUGGCUUGGCCGCGAAACAGUCUUGUGGAGUCUCAAGAAUCCGAGUGAUCCACAGUACGCGGAAUAUCUACAGAAGCUGAACGCUACAAGAAUAGAUCUCGAGCGCUCUAUCAACGAUCUUCAAGCGCUUCGGCAACGAAAUGAGAGAACGCGGCAGAAAGUCAGGGAUCUAAGAGAGCAAAUCUUCACUGGAAGCUCAGUCGCGGAAAGCAGACGGGUUUAUUCACAAAGCGACAAUGUCAGAGCGCUGGCGAACAUUGGUAUGCUCUAUCUACCACUAGCAUUUGUGACGAGCUUCUAUGGAAUCACGGAGCUUGCUAUACCGUCAUAUGACGCACGGCUUGCGAUUGCCCUUGGCUCAGGAGUCGUGGUUUUCCUCAUGCUCGUUUUUCUCCUUCAGACACAUGGGUGGAGUGCCAAAAUCAACAAGCCUAUUGGAUAUCUCCAAGGCUUGUUCCGAACCCAUGGCCGGAAGUCACGGACGACCAAGGAGAGGAAUCGAGCGAACAGCAGUGGAAGCUGGGGAUGGUGGAUGAUAGACCCACGGCUGCGAAAGAGGAGAGAGAUCGUACAGGAAAAGGGCAAGCGAGAAGGAGCACUAAUCGAAAUGUUCAGGCCAAGUAGCAAACAAGUCUGCCGAUAUGUCGGUCUCUUCAGGCUCGAUGGUUUGCCUGGAUCCAGAGGAGGCGCUUUUGCCAUGGCGCCCGAUCCCGUCGUGCUGAGUCAAACAAGACGCUUCACCCGUUUGAGCCGCACGACACCUACUGCGGAAAUUCUCGGUGCGCUCAAGAAUGACGGAUGCGUGGUGAUUAGUUCCAUGUUCACUCAGUCGCAGAUCGCUCGCCUCAACACCGACAUGGACAAAGCACUAGCCACGGUCUCAGCCGGGAGACCAGCCAACAUCAACGACGCACCUCUCCCAGACAACGCGGAUGGCAUGGUCUUUGGCCAGAACACAAAGCGCCUGGGCGACCUGCUGAACGCCAGCCCGACCUGGAGAGAGGAGAUGAUGGACGACGACGUGAUGCAUCAGGUCGCGGAGAACUCGCUCAAGGAGCUCGGGGGCUACUGGCUGAGCACGGCGCAAAUGAUCGAGAUCGGGCCGGGAAGCAAUGAGACACCGCUCCAUGCCGAUGGCUCUGGGUGGUGGCCGUUCUGGGCUUUUGGAGAUACAUGGAAUCCUGAGUUCUCACUCAACUUCCUGAUCGCGGCUACCGACACGACGAAGCGCAACGGCGCAACAGGUGUUGUCAGGGGCAGCCACAAAUACAAGUUUUCAGAGGUCACGAAGGAUCUUUCAUUCAACUUCUGCAAGUAUCCGGAUGAUCAGGUGGAGCAGAUUGAGCUCAAGGCAGGAGAUUGCCUGAUCCUAGGCAGCAGGAUAGUGCAUCGUGGGGAGAAGAACCACACGACCGAUGAAUACAGAAGGAUUCUGAGCUGCACCGUCGUCAGCUCGACUCUCACGCCUGAAGAAGCUCACCCAUUGCUGAUUGAUAGGGAGAUGGCCAAGGGCUUCUCAGAGAGAGCCAAGAGGUUCACGGGUUUCCGGGGCCAUGAGAACACGAUUGGGCCGAAUGUGUGGCAGAGUCACAAAGCCGAUUUCAAGACUAUCCUCGGCUUUUGA